CGGAGCUCUGCAGCGGAACAAUCGAUCGGCGUAUUGAGCACCCCUGCAUUCAAGCAUUAAAUAGCCGAGAGGUUUUUUCAGCGUGAGGAAUUCGAUGUGUGUUGGGAGUGCGUGAGAUGAGACCGAAAUGCGUUACUUGAGAGCCCUGAUAUCUAUCUUUCUUUCUUUACGUUGUUAUACACCAACUGGCCACUGGGGUCGCUGUCGCUGCCACGGGACCGACGCGUCCUCCGAGCAGCCGGGAGGACGGAACGAGUACUUCCGGGAAGAAGAAGAAAGAUGGCCACAGCUAACGUCAGCUAGCUUCUGGGGCUCGAAUAAUGCUGCGCUCGCGUUUAUUUCUUCGUGUUGUUUCUCCUGCGGCGGCUCGUUCGUGACGACAGAGACCCGUCGACGGCGUCAGAGAAGCAGCAGCGCAGGAGGUCGUCCGGGGGACUUCUUGAGUAUUUUCUGUGGGUCUUUGAGGGGUCUCCUCGGGUCAGCUGGUCGUCAGAGAGGAUUGUGGGAACCAGUCGUCAUGGCGGCUCCGGGGAACAUCCAGACUCCCAGUAAGACCUGGGAGCUGAGUCUGUACGAGCUCCACAGGAGCCCUCAGGAGGCCAUCAUGGACAGCACUGAGGUGGCCGUGUCUCCUCGCUCUCUGCACAAUGAGCUCAUGUGUCCGAUCUGUCUGGACAUGCUGAAGAACACCAUGACGACCAAAGAGUGUCUGCACCGCUUCUGCUCCGACUGCAUCGUCACCGCGCUGCGUUCAGGGAACAAGGAGUGCCCCACCUGCAGGAAGAAGCUGGUCUCGCGGCGUUCGCUGCGCCGCGACUCGAACUUCGACGCCCUGAUCUCGAAGAUCUACCCGAGCCGCGACGAGUACGAGGCGCACCAGCGCCGCGUAUUGGAGCGCCUCAACCGGCUGCACAACCAGGAGGCGCUGAGCUCCAGCAUCGAGGAGGGGCUGCGGCAGCAGGCGCGCUACAGGAACCACCGCGUGAAGAAGCCGACGCAGGAGAGCGACAACACCACCUUCAGCGGCGGGGAGAACGCCGACGCCCGCUCGCACCUGUCCCAUGACUCCGCCCCCUCGCACGCCCCGCCCCCCCCAGGCCAGACGCCGUCGGAGGGGGCGGGGCCGAGCUGCAAGCGGCCGCGGGCAUCGGACGAGGGCUCGGCCGCUGAGGCGGACAGCGGCAGCCCGACGCCGACGCUCCGGCGCCGCAAGGAGGGGCCGGCCUCCGAGAUCGAGCUGGUCUUCAAGCCGCACCCCCAGCUGGUCCAGGACCAGGACUACAGCCAGACCAGCGGAUGCUCCUCCAGGUUCGUGAAGACCACCGGCAACGCCACCGUGGACCACCUGUCCAAGUACCUGGCGCUGCGCAUCGCGCUGGAGGACCGCAGGGCCCAGGACAGAGGACGCGAGGAGGCAGGAGGCAAGGAAGGAGGAGAGGGGACGAGUCUGAGGAACAUCAGCGAGAAACAAUACACCAUCUACAUUGUGACCAGAGGGGGCCAGUUCUCUACCCUGAACGGCUCUCUGACGCUGGAGCUCGUCAAUGAGAAGUACUGGAAGCUCCGGAAGCCUCUGGAGUUGUUCUACGCUCCCACCAUGGAGCAGCCACCCCCACUGCAGAGCCCCGCCCCUCAGAGGGAGGCCCCCGCCCACAUGAGGGACUUCAAAGCGGAAGUGGAGCCUCAAGAGAACUACGUCCUUGUUGACAAAUUUGUCCAUUUCAAAUAACUGAGUCUUCAUGAUUAUUUAUCAAGUCUUUAUUUAAACAUGACUGUCCUUCGUGUGUUUAAUGACUCAAACAUUACAUAACUGCUGGAGCCUUCCCAGCAUGCACUGGGGGGGCCGCUCUAUUUUACGAUAGUUGGAUCUUAAGUCAUAAAGUCUCUUCAUUUCAUCAACUGCCUGUUUAGUUUAUUGAAUAUUUGUAUAUUAAGAAUGCAAUAUUUCCCAUUUGUAUAAUUAAACAAUAAAAUCCCA